AUGGAGCAGGAUGCCCCCACUAAACCUCCACGUGCCUCAUUCCCAUUGACUCCUCUUUCUAUAGCAUUAAAGCAGAUGUGUGUCAAGACAACUCAAUUGAUGCAAAACAGUGAGAAGACAGAUAUGUCUGUGCCGAAGAAAAAAUCGUCUCGCACAGUCCACGCCCCUGUACAUCUAGCUAGAGUUAUUGAUCUUCGAAAGGAUGUUAGAAUGGAUAACAAAGUCGAUGACGCUCCUAAGGAAGAUUGCGACCGCCAUAAUUUCCUUGACGUGAUAGUCAUGGAGGACUAUUUAAGACAAGGAUUAAAGAAGCCUGACUACCAAGGCAAAUAUAGCGACGAAGUUUUGAGCGGUGAAGCCUCAAUAGAUGAGCAAUUGGCAGCAACCCUUACUUCUCCCGAGAUUCAAGUGAAAGCCCAUAUUAGCCAAGUAAGGAAUUUCACUGUCAGAAAACGAAAAGGUCGGCCACGUACUUUCCUUAGAACUGUUCAGCUACGAUCGAAACGAGCACGAGAGGAAAAACUUCCGCAGCGAUUGUCCUUGAAGAAGACGACGAACAGCCACAAGCCCAGGACUCCAAGUGGCUCAAAUGCAAAGCGAAUCACGGAUGAUAGCGAGGAUGACUCUGACACUCCAUUAGCCUCCAAGCGAACUCUUUUCAGCCUUCACGCGCCGCCAACACCUUCUCCGUCAGAAACGCCAUUUGCUCAUACGCCUGAUCAGAUCGCUAUUACCGAGUUGAGCCCUUCAAAAGAAUCGCCAUCUCAGUACUAUAAGUGUCUAGACUCAACAGACGAAGUCGUACCGCUUGGAGAUCGCCUGCUUGCAAAAGCUCCUAUCAAGGUGGAGCCCUUGUCUUUCCAGAUGCAAAACAGGACGGUCCUGCUUCUAUCAGUGUCAAACGAGCCACAUAUAGCACCUGUCUAUAUGACUCUGGACAAAUGCCCAAGAAUCGAUCAGCUGUUCGACUUUAUCCUGGAAGGAAGAAAGGUAGCUAGCGAGGCGGUAAAAUGGGUCUGCGCAAGGCUUUUAUGUAACGACAGGUGGAUUUCUUUGUCCCAGGACCAGCCACAAAGUCAAUUUCGGCUGCAUAGAUUUAUCUCGGAAGCUUGGGAGACCCAUGCCGACAAUUUCGAAGACGAGUGCGAGGUAGAAGUAAUGAUCGAGAUCAAGUCUUAA